GAUCGAAGUUUUGAAGCUCCUCAGCGGAUAAAGAAAAGCACAGGAAUCCCUCGGAGUUUCAUGGUUGAGGUUGAUGAUCCAAACAGAAAGGGAGUCAUGUUGACCAACAGUGGAAUAUAUGCCAUUCCUACUAUUGAUGCGAGGCCUAUGCCAUUGGGAAGAAAGAGAAGCCACCAUUUUUGCCCCAAAAUCAGUCUUCAUCCUCAGAGGAAGAAGAUCCAGUACCUGACGAGCUACUCUGUUUGAUCUGCAAGGAUCUUAUGACAGAUGCUGUCGUUAUACCCUGCUGUGGAAAUAGCUACUGUGAUGAGUGUAUCCGAACGUGUUUGCUGGAGUCUGAUGAACAUGUUUGCCCAACCUGCAAACAAUCAGAUGUAUCACCUGAUGCUUUGAUUGCGAACAAAUUCUUGCGCCAAGCAGUAAAUAAUUUUAGGAAUGAAACCGGUUAUACCAAAAGGAUUCGAAAAGCUGCAGCCUCUGCACAAGAAGCCCAAACACAGGCUCCUGCCCAGCGGCCACCUAUGAGACUGGCAACCUCACGCCAGCAGGACCCUCUGAUGGCCCAUGUUCCGAGCUCAGCAGCUGAUAGCACCCCUCCUCAAAGCACACCUGCUGCCCCUUUAUCUCCUGUUAGCACUCAACAGCCCUCCAGCACCCCACCUUCUUCUAGCAGCUCCACUGUAAACAGCAGCAGUGCAUCAGCAGCGACAAACUAUAGCCCUGUGGUGAACUCUCCUCAACACUCUACUAAGCAGGAUGACCCUCCACCGAAAGAACCAGAGGUCCCAGCAUCUACUGUUGUGUCUUCAUCAGACACACCUGUCCCGACAACUCCUAUUCCAAAGGGAUACCAUGUCCCAGUAAUUGGGAAGCCGAAUAUGCCUCAGCACCACAUGCACAGAUCAGGGCAGGCAAGGGCUAGUGGACCAAGGCCGUCUGGAGGCCGUCCUGCAUGGGAUCAGUCCUCAAGUAGAGGGAGAGCCCCUAUUGAGAGACCACAGAGAACACAGCCUCCUCCAGUACAAAAUCUUCCUCCUGUAGUCCCUCCAGUGUAUGUGCCUCCUGCUCUUUUUCCUCCUCCUCCACCACACCCUAUGCCUCAACCACCUGGUGGUGUACCACAGCAGUAUCCCAUACAGUAUCCUCCAGGACAGCAGCCUCCCCCUCCCUACAACAUUCCACCACCUGUAUUUCCACCUGUCCCACCAAAUGUGACGGCUCCAUGGGUGCCUCCUGGUCCACAACCACCUAUAGUCAACCCUAUCUCUACUAUGCCAACAGCACCUUUUCUAUCCAAAGAGGAGUUUUACCGUCAGCAACGUAGACUGAAGGAAGAUUCCCAAUGUCGAUUCGUUACCAGGGAGAAGUCAAAACUUGAGGAGUUUACCAAUGACUUUGCCAAAGAGCUUUUGGAGUACAGAAAGAUCCAGAAGGAGAGAAGGCGAUCCUACUCUAGAUCAAAAUCUCCUUACAGGGAUUCCUCCUACAGUGGCUCAUCAUAUUCUUAUUCAAAAUCCCGCUCUCGGUCCAAAUCACCACGCUCCUACUCUCGGUCAGUAUCCCGAUCUCGGUCAAGAUCCCGCUCACGCUCUCGUUCCAGAUCACGUUCCUACUCUCGCUCACCAUAUUCCCGCAGGGGCCGAGGUCGAAGCCGUAGCUAUCGAUCUAGGUCACGCACUCCAACUUACCAUCGCUCCCACAGUAAAUCACCAUCAUAUAGGGGUCGGGAGAUGAGUGGAAUGGGAAGUGGAAUGUAUCGUUCCCGCUCCAGAUCCCCUCUAUAUAGGAAUCACAGUCCCAGCAAGAAACUCCCACCCCCUUCUCAAAUUGAGGGCGAGCGCAAAUAUGCAGGGAGGUACAGAGAGCUCCCUCCUUAUGAUGCUAAGGCUUAUUAUGGCCGCAACAUAGACCAGAGUGACCCCUAUGAGAGAGAGCGAUAUCGAGAGUGGGAAAGGGAGUACAGGGAGUGGUACGAUAAAUACUUCAAGAGCUACGACAACCCACCAGGUAGUCAAAUGCGAAACCGUGCUCCAGGCAGCAGAGAACCCUAUACCCCUGAGCGUUUUGCUCCUCCCCGACCAAGAGAAAACUCCCCCUACAGCAGGGGACGUCGGGAGGAUUAUCCGCCGCCACCUCAGAGCCACGGUGUCCCACCGAGAAGCAGAGCAGCCAUGACAUACCAAGAGAAGUGUGCUGAGAAGUAUGGGCACCUUCAAGUCAACGCCACUGGAGCAGGGAGAGGACUUAACAAAGAGUCUUUGAAACCUCUCAAGGACCGAGAACCUGGUGGAAGCACUGCUGCAGACCCCAAGUCUGUGAAGCAUAAAAAGCAUCGCAAAAAGAAGAGAGAAGAUGGUGACCUCUUCAGCCACUCUGACUCUCUGGAUGAAUCCAGGAAAGACAAUCGUAAAGAGGACUCCAUGCUGAUGAAUUCAAGUCGUGACGAUGCCACACCUGUCAGGGAUGAGCCCAUGGAUAGCGCUGCAGUGUCCUACAAGACUACCCCUCUAAAGGAAAAGAAAGAGAAGACUAAAAGCAAAACUGACAAAGUUAAACGAAAGUCAGACAACAGUGGGCAGAAGAAAGAAGAAUCAGGAAAGAUGUCAAAAUCUGCUAGAGAGAAAGAAUCUGAUUCACCACGAGAUAAAGUGGCUCCCACUGAACCAGUUAUUAAGAGAGUCAAAGACGAACCAUCCCUCAAAUCUGAACCAAGCAAACCUCAAUCCUCAGAGUCCAAACUCAUGCUUCCACGCAAGUUGAUGCAGUCUAGGCCCAUCAAACACCAGGAGCUGAAGCCCAUCAAAGAUGAGGUCAAAAACAAGAAAGAAUUGGUGAAAGACCCUGCAAAGCAAGACAAAGGUCCUGUCAAAGAUGGGAAGGUCCCUAAAAAAGAGCCAGAGAAGCCUGUGAAAACUGAGGAGAAGAUGUCCGCUAAGACAGUUGAUACUAAACAGGAUAAAAAGAAACGUAAAGAUGACAAGCCACCUGCGAAAGACCUAGAUGUUCCUCCAUUAAAAGUAGCAAAAAUGGAAGUUGACAUGGCCAAAAGCUCUCCAAAACCUAAAACCAGACCGGAGAGCGAAAGGCCAGUUGAAAAGGAGAAAGUAGCUAUUCCGUCUCUGAUGGAUAUUAAGCCAGAGCCUGUAAGAAAGAUUAAAAUCAACAGGGAAAUUGGCAAGAGAAUAUCUAGCAUUGAUCGGCCAAUUUCAGAUGAGGACUCUGCUCAUGCCACAGGAAAAGGCAGACUGGACAAGUCUAGAGGAAAAUUAAAGAGGAAGGUUCAUGCUUCCGAUGGAUCAGGGUCCAUAUUGGUUGAUUACACCAGCACCAGUUCUACAGGUGGAAGCCCCAUCAAAAAGCAUGAUGAUAAGCUUGACCUAAAGAAGACUGUGGUGAAGACCCUGGAGGAAUAUACCAAUGACAGCUCCACCCCUGCUGAGGAUGAAAUUGUCAUGAUCCAAGUGCCCCGUUCCAAGUGGGAAAAGGAAGACUAUGAAUCUGAGGAUGAUGAUUCUAAGGUUACCACCAGAACCGGCAACAUCAACACAUCCAGCCCUGCUCCUUCAGAGGAGAACACUGCAGUGAAAUCAGCCGGCAAGGAGUCUCCACAUGCUGACAAAGCUCUGCCUGUAGCCAAAGAGGCAGAAGUCAAACCUGCCAAGGACUCCACAUCAAGUGAUAAGGAGAAAGAUACUGACAAAGAGAAAGACAGAGAACGAGAACGAGACAAAGGGAAAGAAAGAGACCACAGCAGCACUGUAGAUCGUGAGGUAACUGAUAAAAGGAAGCCUAGUGUACCUAAUCAGGAAAGAGAGUGUGUACAAGAGAAGGGCAGUGACCAUGGCAGUGAACGAAGCUCCUCUUCCCAGUCCUCCAGAGAUAGACAAGCUGACAGGUCUGAACCAACCUCUAGAAAACCAGCAGGAAGGGAGACGACUACAGGUGUCACCAGUAGGAAAGCAGAGCAUAGAGAUGAUACAAGAGACCACUCAGGCACAAGAUCAAAAGAUGAGAGAAAUCCACUCAGGAGGAGAGUAUCACCCUCCCCACCCUCAAGGGUAAAGGACUUGCACACAGACUCUGGAAGAAAAACUCUUGAUGCACCUCAGGAGUCCCAAAGUCCUAGUAGGAAUAAGAGAGCAUCAUCGCAGAAUGCCCCAGAGCCAAAACGAACAGGGCCAGAGGACCACAAAGGAGACUGGCCAUGCAGUAAGGAGAGCCAGGGUUCUAGGCAUUCUGAUGUACGUCCCGCAAAGGACCGGGAACACAGGACUCCUCAUAGAGCUUUGAAUCCAGAGCCUAGAACUGAUGCAGAGAAAGGUGGCACAUAUGGCGACCACAUAAAAAACCCAUCUGCACGCUCCACAAGACUGUCCUCAGAUUUAGCAAGGGAAACAGACGAGGCUGCGUUUGUCCCUGACUACAGUGAAAGCGACAGCGAGACCUCAGACACUGAGAGCAAAAUGGAGCAGAGAGGGCAAGAGAGGGACAGCAGUGGCAGCCAGAGUCCAAGCCCAUCUGGAAGCCACGGACACAGCAGCAGCCCCAGCUCUCCAGGAAGUCAGGACAGCAAAAAGAAGAAAAAGGACAAAAAGGAGAAGAAGGAAAAGAAGAAACACAAGAAGCACAAAAAACACAAGAAGCAUAAGAAACAUACUAGUAAUGAGUCUGAAUCAGAGCUCAAAGUACAGAAACACAAACAUAAGAAAAAGAAGUCUAAAAAGAGCAAGGACAAAGACAAAGAUGACAAGGAAAAAGAUGAGAGUGAGAGAGACGAACACAAGGCAAAAGUAAUUGUUUAAUUCAUCUUAGGUUUAACCAUUGGUUUAAUUUACUCAUCUUUAAGAAGCAUUUAAAAAAAUAAAAAAAUAUUGUUCUGCACUAAAGUUUAAGUACUGUUCAGAUUUCAUUGUGUGAUUAUUUCUCAAUGGUUAAAGACAUGCUUUUUUUGACCACGCUAAUCCCCCCCAUUGUAAUAGAGUAGCUACUUUAAUGAUAAAGGUUAUUUUAUUUUGGGUUCUGAAUUUUCAUGAAUGUGUUGGUUCUCAUUUAAAGUUGUUGCGGAUUCUCAUUACAUCAUGGUUUUGCAUUAAGGCCAUCGUAGAGGAAGCACUUUAGAAAUGUGAAUGUGAUUUGCAAAAUUUGCAAGAGUUGCAAAAGCCCUUUUGUACCUCAUUUCCUGUAUGUUUAAGUUGGAGAGAAACAUAUCAUUAUGACAGUAUGAAAAUAUUGUUACAGAGGUAACACAAGAGUGGUGUCCAGCCAUUGGGGCACACAGAUUUACAAAGUGUAUGUUUUUGCACUGUGAAUAUCUCCUCUACUCUUUCAUUUUCUUCUAAUUCACCUUCAUAAGAGUAAUUUAAAUUAUCUGCUGAAAUGGAAUUGCAUAUGUUUUGAGGGUAAUAAAUUUUUGCAGGAAAUAUGAA